UACCACGCAGCGUUGGAGUUUAUCUCACCUGAGAAAUGUCCAACCACACGCUGCGCGCGCAACGUGAAAAAAAAAAAACCCUGAUGCAUCUAACCUUGUGACCUCGUAUGUGAGAGUUUAUUUCCACCAGCGGCUAUGAGUGGGGACGAGAAGAGAGUGAUGGAGGACGACGAGGACGAUGUCCCUCUGGAGACAUGGCUCCUGGCGGAAGCGCGCUCUUUCGCGCGGAGGUUCGUCACGAGCUUCAUCAAAGGUGCCGCGGUGUGCGCUGGGGCGACCACCUUUUCGGCGCUCAUGAAGAAUCCCUUCCGAAAUCGGGUUCCGAAUGUGUGGACUAACCUUGUCCGUGCAGACUCCAUGAGAUUUGCAACUUUUCUUGGCCUGUAUCCAAGCUUGUACCACCUGACCGUCUCGGCCCUUCAUCGCUAUCGGAAACGCAAGGAUGGCUGGAACUACGGCGUGGCUGGAGGGUUGGCUGGCCUCAGCCUUGCGGUGAGCAGUCCUUCCUAUCACAAGGUCCUCACCCUGUUCAUCACUGCCCGCGCUCUUGGGGCAGGGGCCACAACUCUCGUAGCACGUGGUCUCGUGAAGGGUAUUCCACACGCGGAGAUACUCGUCUUUUGCGCCGAGUGCGCCCUGGCGGUGACAGGGGUGGCCUGCUACCCGUCCCUCCUGCCGCGCGGCUACUACCUGUCCGUCCUGAAGUGGUCACGUGACUACACGGAGGCUACCACCAGCGCCCUCUUCCGCACCCCCGGCAACUGCUUCGUCACGUGCAGCGAGGCAGGCCUCCACGAGGGUUCGUGCACAGCGCAUGCGCUGAGGGACUUCCUGCGCAGUUUCCCCAGCUUUGCCAAACUGUACCUGCCGAUUCACCUGACACCAGUCGUGCUUUUCAAAAGGAAUCUUCUGAAAAAAAGGCCAGCAUACGUCUUGAAAUCCCUCGUGAAGAACCUGACGAUGUCCACGCUCUUCUCCACCAUGGUCUUCGUGGCCAAGUACGCCAUCUGCCUUCUACGUCACGCUUCCGGUCGCCCUCCUCCCCUACCCACGUACAUCCCGUGCGUGGCGGGCCUCCUGUGCGGCUUGGCCAUCCUGUGGGAGCGCCCCAGCCGCCGUAAGGAGCUGAUCAUGUUCAUGACCCCCCAGAUCCUGAGCAUGCUGUGGACGCUGGUCGAGCGCUCGUGUCCCAAGAGGCGCCUGCACGUGCCCCAUGGGUUGUCGCUGCUGUUUGCAGCAGCCAUGGCGGUGGUGAUGCACGCCUACGAGCGGGACCCGCCGUCGCUGAGUAUGCUCAUGUCGGGUAUGCUCAGGUUCUUUGUGGGCGAGCGGAGGGAGAAGGGACCCGGGAGCCCGAAGAACAAGAGCGUUUUUCUCAGGUGGGAGAACGAGGAGAGGAAGGUGGCAUGAACGCAGUCAGUCCUCGGAUCAUCUUCAGAAACGCAUUGCAGUUGGACUCCUUUGCUGUUCUGCUCGUAAAGAGGGAAUGGCCGCAAAGAACAACCGAUCUCAAACUAAUGAAAAGACACUGCGCUUGAAGGCGAUUAACCUUGAAAUUCAAAGAACAAUAACUCAAUAUUUGAGAUCCCCUGCCAUUACACUUUCGUAUUUUAUAUUAUAUAUAUAAUAGUGAAAGUUUUUUUUAAAAAAAAUAAAAAGUCGAACGCGUUGUCCACUGUCUGCAAAGAUUGUACAUUUGGUCUCCUGUCUUUAGAAUUUUUGAGGCAACUGUUGAAUAGCCGUUCUGAGUGAACAUGUUAAGGUGUGUAGAGUGUAGAUUGUUACAGGGACAUUGCAUGUGGUCUGAGAAAUUAGUUUUUUUUAUAAAAAGUUAUCUGAAGUUUUGAUUGCACUAACAUGAUGCAUAGUUUUCCUUUUUGUAUGUCUAAACUCACUAGCUGUUUCUGACAAGAACAUAACACUUCUUCCACGUAUGCUCUCAAGUUAUCUGCAUGGUGUGUGUUUUGCAUGUUUAUGCAUGUAAGAGUGCGUAAAUAUCUGUGCUAUUAUUUUUUCUCUCCCUCCCCUUCAUGGUGAUUUAUCCGUGGCUAAGCUGUCUAGCCCCUUCUGGAAAAGGAAAAGGAUGAUAACUCACAUAGAUGGUGCUUGAAGAUUUAUUUUCCCUUCCUGCCAGUUGAUGGCGUCUUACCUAUUUCGUCUUGUUA